AUGGAGACGGCAGGAGAGGUCCGGACGGCCGUGCUCGAGCAGGACCAGGUCGCCGAGGUCGUGUGCCUGGAGCAGGCGGACCGGAAGGGCCUGGACAGGCUGGUGGGCGUCACCGUGCCGCUGGUGCGGGUGCCCGUGCCGCCGGCGCAGGCCCGGGCCGUCCAGGGGCGGCGCGGCGCCGCCGCAGAGCGGGCCCCGGGCGGCGACGGCCAGCUGGUGGACGCGGCGUGGCAGGGGUUCGUGGUGGUGAUGUUCCCCCUCGUGGCCGUGUGGGGACUGGUCUGCUCCGUCUGGAUGCACCUGCAGCCGUCCCGGGGGAAGUGGUGA